CAGGACUGAGCGGAGACCAGCGGCAACAUUUUCUCCUUACAUGAAGCUGAUCUGAGGAUGAAAAAACAGAAUACAGGCUACUGCCGUGAACAUGGGCCUGGACCUGCUCCCAUAAGACGUUACUGGGCCACAGACACACUUCUGGAUUCCCGAAGAUCUCCUUCCUUUGACCCUCAGAGGAAUACAUUACCUGGACCUGGACGGGGACUGGGACUUGGACUUGGACCUGGACUCAGCCUUUCCUACGUCAAGAGAGAUUGGAGGAAUCCAUUAUAUGGACCUGGACAAGGACCUGGACACAGCCUUCCCUACAUGAAGAAUGACUGGUUCAAGCAAACGCAUUUGGAUUUCAGAAGAUAUCCUUCCUCAGCAUCUCUGAGGAAUUCAUUACCUGGAACAGGACCUGGACGAGGACCUGGACCCAGCCUUUCCUACAUAAGGAGAGAUUGGAGAAAUACAUUACCUGGAACUGGACCUGGACCUGGACGAGGACUUGGACCUGGACUCAGCCUUUCCUACGUCAAGAGAGAUUGGAGGAAUUCAUUACCUGGAACUGGACCUGGACCUGAACGAGGGCUUGGACUUGGACCUGGACCCAGCCUUUCCUACAUAAAGAGAGAUUGGAGGAAUCCAUCACCGGGAACUGGACGAGGACUUGGACUUGGACCUGGACCUAGCCUUUCCUACAUAAACAGAGAUUGGAUGUAUCCAAGAUCUGAAGCCAGCUGUGUAUCCAUCAAGACUCACUGGUCCAAAGACAAACUGAUAGACUUCAGACAAUCUCCUUCCUCAGAGUCUGACUCUAACUCUGGAUUUCCAUCCAGCUGUGUGUCCAUGAAGAGUGACCGGUCUAUGGCAGAACCCCCCACCUUUAAAUCAGGACCAAGACCUGCUGCUGAGAGGGUCAGCCAGCAGAGCUCCCAGGUUCUCCGUGGAGGCUCCACCCCUCAGCAUCAAACGCAUCGGGACUCCAUAUUUAUGAUGUUGGAGGACAACAUUGUGACUUUCGUGAAGAAGGAGCUGAAGAAGAUGAAGAAGCUCCUGAGUCCAGAUUACCCAGCAUGCUCAGAGAGUGAGAGGGAGGAUGAGGAUGAAGAGCAGAGGAGCAGCAGAGAGUCAUUUCUGAGGAUCACACUGGACGUCCUGAGGAGGAUGAAGCAGGAGGAGCUGGCUCAGCGUCUGUGGAGAAGAAUGGCUCUUCCAAUCUGUCAACAGAAGCUGAAAUAUGGCCUGAAGAAGAGGUCCCAGUGUGUGUUUGAGGGGGUUGCUAAGCAAGGAGAGUCCACCCUCCUGAACCAGAUCUACACAGAGCUCCACAUCACAGAGGGAGGGACUGCAGAGGUCAAUCAGGAACAUGAGGUCAGACAGAUUCAAACAGCAUCCAGGACAGCAGAAGGAGCAGAGACAAGCAUCAGACCAGGAGACAUCUUCAAAGCCUCACCUGGAAGAUCUCAACCAAUCAGAACAGUGCUGACAGAGGGAGUGGCUGGCAUUGGGAAAACAGUCCUGACACAGAAGUUCACUCUGGAUUGGGCUGAAGACAAAGACAACCAGGACGUCCACUUCAUAUUUCCAUUCACGUUUAGAGAGCUGAAUGUGAUGAAGAAGAAUUUCAGCUUGGUGGGACUUGUUCAUCACUUCUUCACUGAAACCAAAGAUGCAGGAAUCAGCAGCUUUGAAGAAUUCCAGGUGGUCUUCAUCUUUGAUGGUCUGGAUGAGUGUCGAUUCCCUCUGGACUUUGAUCUCACUGAGUUCCUCACUGAUGUUACAGAAUCCACCUCAGUGGAUGUUCUGCUGAUAAACCUCAUCAGGGGGAAACUGCUUCCCUCUGCUCGCCUCUGGAUCACCACACGACCUGCAGCAGCCAAUCAGAUCCCUGCUGACUGUGUGGACAGGGUGACAGAGGUCCGAGGGUUCACCGACCCCCAGAAGGAGGAGUACUUCAGGAGGAGGUUCAGAGAGGAGGAGCAGGCCAGCAGGAUCAUCUCCCACAUUAAGACCUCCCGAAGCCUCCACAUCAUGUGCCACAACCCAGUCUUCUGCUGGAUCACUGCUACAGUUCUGGAGAAGGUGUUGAAGAGCAGAGAGGGAGGAGAGCUGCCCAAGACCCUGACUCAGAUGUACAUCCACCACCUGGUGGUCCAGGCCAAAGUCAAGAAGGUCAAGUAUGAUGGAGGAGCUGCCACAGAUCCACACUGGAGUCCAGAGAGCAGGGAGAUGAUAGAAUAUCUGGGAAAACUGGCUUUUGAUCAGCUGCAGAAAGGAAAGGGGCUAUUCAAUCCAUCUGACCUGACAGAGUGUGGCAUUGAUGUCAAAGCAGCCUCAAAGUACUCUGGAAUGUUCACCCAGGUCCUUAAAGAAGAGAGUGGCCUGUACCAGGACACAGUGUUCUGCUUCAUCCAUUUGAGCAUUCAGGAGUUUCUGGCUGCUCUUCAUGUCCAUCAGACCUUCAUCAACUCUGGAAUCAACCUGCUGGAAGAGAAACAAACAACCAUUCAGCAAUCUCCACAGCAGCCUCAGCUCCACCAUCUCCAUCAGAGUGCAGUGGACGAGGCCUUGAAGAGUCCAAAUGGACACCUGGACUUGUUCCUCCGCUUCCUCUUGGGUCUUUCACUGGAGACUAAUCAGAGACUACUUCGAGGUCUACUGACACAGACAGGAAGUAGCUCACAGACCAAUCAGGAAACAGUCCAGUACAUCAAGAAGAAACUGAGUGAGGGUCUGUCUUCAGAGAGAAGCAUCAAUCUGUUCCACUGUCUGAAUGAACUGAAUGAUGGUUCUCUGGCGGAGGAGAUCCAACAGUUCCUGAGAUCAGGAAGUUUCUCCAGAUAUCUGUCUCCUGCUCAGUGGUCAGCUCUGGUCUUCAUUUUACUGUCAUCAGAAGAAGAUCUGAAGGAGUUUGACCUGAAGAAAUACUCUGCUUCAGAGGAGGCUCUUCUGAAGCUGCUGCCAGUGGUCAAAGCUUCCAACAAAGCUCUGUUGAGCAGCUGUGGUCUGUCAGAAAGAAGCUGUGGAGCUCUGUCCUCAGUUCUCAGCUCUCAGUCCUCCAUUCUGACACAUCUGGACCUGAGUAACAACGACCUGCAGGAUUCAGGAGUGAAGUUGCUCUCAGCUGCAGUGGAGGAUCCAAAUUGCACACUGAAGAGUCUCAGGUUGAGCAGCUGUGGUCUGUCAGAGAGAAGCUGUGGAGCUCUGUCCUCACUUCUCAGCUCUCAGUCCUCCAGUCUGACACAUCUGGACCUGAGUAACAACGACCUGCAGGAUUCAGGAGUGAAGCGUCUGUCUCUUGGACUGGAGAGUCCUCACUGUAAACUGGAAGCUCUCAGUCUGUCAGGGUGUCUGGUCUCAGAGGAAGGCUGUGCUUCUCUGGUCUCAGCUGUGAGAUCCAAGUCUUCAAAACUGAAAGAGCUGGACCUGAGCUACAACCAUCCAGGAGACUCAGGAGUGAAGGAGCUGUCAGCGGCAGUGGAGGAUCCACACUGCUCACUGGAGACUCUCAGGGUGGACCAUGGUGGACAGCAGAGGCUCAAACCUGAUCUGAGGAAGUAUUUCUCUCAACUUCAACUGGAUGAAAACUCAAUGCACAGAAAGCUCAAACUGUCCAACAACAACAGGAAGGUGACACGUGUGAAGGAAGAGCAGCCGUAUCCUCAUCAUCCUCACAGAUUUGAUGUCUGUCCUCAGCUGCUGUGUAGAAAUGACCUGAGUGAUCGAUGUUACUGGGAGGUCGAGUGGAGUGGACAUGUUGAAAUAUCAGUGAGUUACAGAGGAAUCAGAAGGAAAGGAGAGAGUGAAGAGUGUUUGUUUGGAGGGAAUCAUCAGUCCUGGAGUUUGAGCUGUUCCAGUGGAGGCUACUAUAUCAGGUACAAAAACAAAAGAACAUACAUCUCCUCCCCCUCCUCCUCCCGCUCCUCUUCCUCCUCCUCCUCCUCCUCCUCCAUGGGUAGAGUAGGAGUGUAUGUGGACUGUCCUGCUGGCUCUCUGUCCUUUUUCAGAGUCUCCUCUGACUCUCUGAUCCACCUCUACACCUUCAACACCACAUUCACUCAGCCUCUGACUGCUGGAUUUGGAUUCAGGUGUUUUAGGUCCUCAGUGAGUCUUUGUUGUCUGUAGGAAGGAUGGGCUCUGUCUCUGACAGAAGGGAGAAGGACGAGCCUAUCACAAGGUG